AUGGAAAUCAACGCUCUUAUCAACCAUAACGAUAUUGACACGUCACCCACAGCCGAGCGCUUCUACCGGCUCCAAUUGGCAAGGCAACAACGGCCACACUGGCACCUGAAGGCUCACAGGGCUCCAGAGCUCCCGCUUCGCCACAGAUUCAGAUACGUGCCUUGCGCGAAAGACGCCUAUAUGUCCUACGCGGCUAUGCGCGAGGCCACUGGCGCGUCGGAUAAACAGAUUCAAGAUGCCCUCACUACACCGUUGACCCCACGAACUAACCGUCGUAGCCGGAAGCCCUCGCGGUUUGCCGACGAAGAGAAGGACCGUAUUACUCGCUCUCUCAAUGACGACCCUAACGCUCGCAAGCUCAGUUAG